GGCAUCGAUUGGACUCCUCUGCGCUAAAUGCAAUCCCGACAAGCGCUUCCUUUUAAUCAUUUACUUCAAGGGCUUUGCUUUUGUUAUCUCGCCAUCCACUUCCAAUAAAACCAGUUAAAGCAGGCUCUUUUGGAGAGAUCAGAUUUAUCGGUUAAUAGUUGAGGAUCCUGUACUUUAUUUCUAAAUACACUUGAAAAUGUUUUUCUAACGGUUAAAAAUUAAACCCAGAUCUAACAGCUGACAUUCAAAAGAAUCCCAGCCAGAGGAAUUUGUCUAGGAAGAGAAAUAAAAUUUCAUCAUGCGAAUGCUCCCCAUUUGCUUGGUUUUCUUGUGUCUCUUUUGUCUUUGUGGAUCAGAGAAAGCACCAUCUAAUGCUGAAGAAAACCACUUUCCACAGGUUAAACUUGCCCAGCCAGCUGAGCAAGACAACUACCUCAUAGAAGAAUGCUUGGGCAACAAAUACACCCACAAGUCCUGUAAGAAAGUUUUUUGUCACCCAUGGGAACGAUGUGUGGAGGGAAAGUGCCUGUGCAAGCUUCCCUACCAGUGCCCAAAGAACGGCUCUGCAGUUUGUUCCAACAGAGGGAAGAACUUCCGUACCUACUGUCAGCUGAAGAGCUAUGAGUGCCAGCAGCCCAAAGCAAAGUUUCUGCACAGGGGACCGUGCAAGCCUGAAGAAACAUUUUCAGUCUCUCUGGGUCAUGGAGAUUCAAGUUUGCUUCGAGUAAAACCCGUGAAUCACAAAGAGGACAGUUUUGUGUGUGCUAGUGAAUGGACUAUGAAUGAAGCAAAUGUGGCUUGCAGGCACCUUGGCUUUGAAUUAGGUGCUGAAUCUUACCAAGUCACUUCCAGCAUCACAGAAUCUGCCUUAAAUUCAUUAAACUGUCUGCAAAUAAGUUGCAGGGGCCUAGAGACAAGUCUUGCUGAAUGUCACAUAGAGAUGAAAUCAAGAGAUAGUAAUGAGGGACUGGUUGUUAGCCUGCAGUGCCAUGAAAAUCUCAGAGUUUGUUCAGAAGGGGAGUUUCACUGUGUCAACAAGAAGUGCAUUUCUCUGAAUAAAACCUGUGAUGGGAUCAAUGACUGUGGAGACCUGAGUGAUGAACUGUGCUGUAGAGAGUGCAGAGAAAACAGUUUCCACUGCCGGUCAAACGUCUGUAUUCCAAAUAAGAGUGUCUGCAACAAAGAAAUUGACUGCCUCACAGGAGAGGAUGAAGCUGGAGCUACCUGUGCAGGCAAAGAAGAAGGUGCUGAAAAUAACAGUAUGGAUAAAGAAAGAAAAAUGCUAAAGACACUUCUUCCCCAAGUGCACUGUGGUAUUAGGAAUCACACACUAACUCGACGGAAAAGAAUUGUAGGUGGAGAGAUUGCUGGAAAGGGUGAAUUUCCUUGGCAAGUGGCAAUUAAAGACACCAGCAAUGAAGGUUCCACAGUGUACUGUGGAGGGGUUUAUAUUGGUGGCUGUUGGGUUCUGACUGCUGCUCACUGUGUCAGGGCAAAUCGGGUCCAUCUCUACCUUGUCUGGGUUGGAAUGUUGAACACAAUAGCCUAUGACAAAGAGACAAAUACUUUCAAACUAAACCAAGUGAUAAUUCAUGAAAAUUACAAUGCAACAACAUAUGAAAAUGACAUUGCUCUGCUGGAGCUGAAAGGUUCUGGGCAUGGAGAAUGCUCCCUGGAAGACAACAGCAUACCUGCCUGUGUCCCCUGGUCAGAGUACAUGUUUAAGACUGGUGACAGAUGCAAGAUUUCUGGAUGGGGACUAGAGAAAGGUUACACAAAACAAUUUAUCCUCAAGUGGGGAAAUGUUAAUUUAUUUCACAAUUGUUCUGAAUUGUAUCCAGGACGAUUUUUUAAAAAAAUGGCAUGUGCAGGUACUUACGAUGGCUCCACAGACAGCUGCAAAGGCGAUUCAGGAGGCCCCCUGGUGUGCUUUGAUGCAGAAGACGUGGCCUACGUGUGGGGCAUUGUGAGCUGGGGGGAGAACUGUGGCGAGCCUGGUCACCCUGGUGUGUACACACAAGUUGCCAGCUACUUCGACUGGAUUAGCCACCAUGUAUCAAGGGGUCUCAUUUCACGGUACAAUAUCUGACGCUCAGAAAAUUCAAUGCUUCCUUCAUAUCACCUAUGCAAAAAUAGUCCUUUUCCAUAAUCAGCUGUCACAUAACUUAGCAACAAUCAGUACAAAUCUUCAAGGAAUGUAUUUUGAAAAUUCUUAACACUCUCUGAAUAUCGCAUUUUUGCAGAGCCUGUGGGAAGAGAAUUUUGCAGGCACAAGCCCACUGCAAAGGUCUCUAAUAAAAGCAGAUAUUAAAAUAUU